CUCCUGCCGGCAGCUCCCAGGACCGCCCCACCCCAACUCUCCCCCUCCCUCUCCUUGGGCUCCGGCCCCCUGUGAUGCCACAGCCCUGAGCCUGCAUCCCCCCACCAGUGACCCCCAGGUCUGCCUGGCCUUCCACCCACCUUGCCACCCACCUGGCUCAGCCUUCUGCGCCCUCCCCCCACUUAACAGCACACAAGACGGAGACCCUCUGCUCCCAUGGCCAGCGCUGGGAACCCUGGGGCCCGAGAGGCCCAAGAGGAGGACGGGGAGAAGGCAGGGGCCUUCACUGGGCCUCGGGGGCUGGUGCUGGAGCAGGCCCAGGAGCUGUUUUUGCUGUGUGACAAGGAGGCCAAGGGCUUCAUCACCCGGCGCGACCUGCAGGGCCUGCAGAGCGACCUGCCCCUCACACCCGAGCAGCUGGAGGCCGUAUUUGAAAGCCUAGACCAGGCCCACACCGGCUUCCUCACUGCCCGCGAGUUCUGCCUCGGCCUGGGGAAGUUUGUGGGGGUGGAGUUGGCCCAGGGCGCGACGCCCUCCCGGGCUCCAGAAGAAACCUUUGAGUCGGGCUGGUCGGCUGUGCAGGGCACCUGGGGCGCUCUGGAGGAGGCGGAGGACGAGGAGGAGGAGGAGCGAUUCUACGCUGCGCUGGAGCAGUUGGGGGUAGCCCCAGUCCUGGGCGAGCAGCGGGCUGUGAGGACGCUCUGGGUCCGGCUGCAGCGCGAGCUACCUGAGCUGCUGGGCUCUUUCGAGGACGUUCUGACGCGCGCGUCGGCCUGCCUGGAGGAGGCGGCCCGGGAGCGGGACGGCCUGGAGCAGGCGCUGCGGAGGCGCGAAAGCGAGCACGAGAGGGAGGUGCGCAGCCUGUACGAGGACAUGGAGCAGCAGCUCCGCGAGCAGCGGCAGCGCCUGCAGAGCCAGAACCUCCCCCGGGAGGAGCGGAGAGGCCGCCUGGAGCUGGAGCUGCAGAGCCGCGAGCAGGAGCUGGAGCGCGCGGGCCUGCGGCAGCGGGAGUUGGAACAGCAGCUGCAGGCCCGGGCCGCGGAGCAGCUGGAGGCACAGGCUCAGCACGCCCAGCUGUGGCGGGCCCACGAGGCGCUGCGGGCGCAGCUGGAGGGGGCGCAGGAGCAGCUCCGCAGGCUGGAGGGCGACGCGCGAGGCCGCCAGGAGCAGACGCAACGGGACGUGGUCGCGGUCUCCCGGAACAUGCAAAAGGAGAAACUGAGCCUCCUGAGGCAGCUGGAGCUGCUUAGGGAGCUGAACACUCGGCUGCGAGACGACAGGGACGCCUGCGAGGCCAAGAGGCUGGGCGGCAGCCGCAGGAAGGCUUUGGCCACCGCGCGCCUGCCCGGGCCCACCUGCUGCUGCUGCUGCUGCUGCUGCUGGGCCCGCCCCGCCAGACGCGGCUCCGUCCACCUUUCCAGUGCCCGGUGACCCGGGGACCAUAGGUGUCACCUGGAAGCGCCCCUCAAAGGCGACCUGCCGGGGCGCGGAGCUGCACCGGUGGGCCCCAGGCCUUCCGAACGAAGACGGGAAGGACCCAACCUCGGUGGCCGGGUCUCGCGGCCCCGCUGACUGCACCCUGCCCCCACCCAUUAACUCCCUUUCGGUUCAGCGGAAGAACCCCACC